AUGGUUGCGGGGGCUCGCAUUCUUCUGGAGACAAACUCCUUCCCUCAAGUGCCCCAGCUUCCAAAGCCUGAGCUUCCACCACUCCCCACUUUCCCAACUUUGCCAAAGCCUGAGCUGCCCCAGUUGCCAAAGCCGGAGCUGCCACAGUUGCCAAAGCCUGAGCUGCCCCAGUUGCCAAAGCCUGAGCUGCCCCAGUUGCCAAAGCCGGAGCUGCCACAGUUGCCGAAGCCCGAACUGCCGACCUUGCCAAAGCCGGAGCUGCCAACAUUGCCGAAACCUGAAUUGCCUACGGUACCCCAUGUUCCAACUUUGCCAAAGCCUGAGUUGCCAAAGUUGCCUGAAAUUCCAUCUCUUCCCCAUCUCCCAGCUGACCUACCUAAGCCCACAUUGCCCUCCAUCCCAACCCUCCCCAUGGACACACCCCUCCCUUCUCUCAUUCCACCCCAAAAAACCACCCUUCCUUGA